AUUCUCAUUCUCCAUUCCGGUUUGUUCAACGACGGAUGUAGUAAAAACGACGCUAGUGUGAAAAUAUAUCGUCUGUGUUUUUUUUUUUCCUUGCUGAAACGACCGACACAAGGAAAAAAAAAAUAACAAAAAAAAACGCGCGGCAUUCUUUUGAAUUGAUUCUCUCCUCUAUUCUCUCUGUAUUUGUUAAGAAUACAGAAAAAUCAGAAUUAAAUUUAUUUAUUUUAUUGAAGAAUCGAGAAAAAUGUAAAUCAAUCAGAAUCUUUUAGGAAAUUCAUAAAAUUCGAAAGAAUUUUUCUUUUAAAAGAAAUAAAAAACCGGGGAUAUUCUUUUCCCAAAACAAAAAAAAAAAAAUCAAGUGAAGUUCUUGUUCUCUCUUGGUUGGUGGCUCACUCCUCUGUGUUUGAGUGUGUGUGUAUAUUCCAUCAAAUUUGUGUGUGCAACAGCGACCUCCUGCGGAGGUUAAGUCAAUCUUAUUAAGGAGACCACACAACCAAUUAAAAAAAAGUGUUAAAUAAUUUAACACGCAAAUAUUUAAACAAAAAAUUAUGUGCGAUAGUGAAACUAUCUCAAACGGUUCUGGAGCUGGUGGUAUUGAACCACCAGCAGAUGGAGCCAUUGAAUCCAUUCAGGAUAUAUUAAAUAAUUCCAAUGAAUUAGAAAUGGAAUUGGAAACUGAUACAGCAGCCGCCCUGUUGCAUCAGACUACGCAAUCUUUGUUAAUUGCUAGCAAUAUAAUGUUGCUGCCAAAUGGUAGCAAUGUUGGUAGUCUUGGAGGUGGUGGAUUAGUUUUUGAUGGAAAGCUACCACCGCUUCCAUCGCUUCCAAACCCAGAUCAGCAACAGCAACAGAAUAAACAACCAAAAGCUGUUGCUGUUAACAAUCACGUUAAAGUGAAUGUUGAGGAAUUGUUGCGUGAGAACUUUGCACUUCGUGAGAAGUUGCGUGAAGUUUCAGCAGAUCGAGAUCGUCUUGUAUGCGAAGUGUCUAAUCUUCGUUUGGAACUGGAUAUGAGCGAGUUAAAGAGAUUGCCACAUGAAAGCUUUCCACAAAAGGUCAUCGAUCGACCUGGUCCUGGCCAAUAUGCUAUUGCAGCUGCACCCACACCUGGAUCGAUAUCAUCUAGCGGUGGCGUAUCCACUGGUACAUCUGGAGGAUAUGUUUACCUGCAACCAUCCACCCAUUACCCGCCUUCAUCACAGCAGCAAAUUAUCUAUCAACAUCAUCCCCAACAUCAUCAGUUGUGUCAUCAACAACAACAGCAACAACAGUCAGCAGCAUUGGCGGCAGGUCUGCCAACAGUUGUAGCCACAUCCGGUACACCGGCAUCGCUACUAUCAUCUUCUGCUGCGGCAGCAGCAGCAGUUGCAGCAGCAUCGUCUGUUGUCCAUCACAGUCAUCAUCAUCACAUUCAUGGUCAUCAUCAUCAUCAUGGGGGUGCUGUUGUUAUUGCUGGCAGUGGUGUUGGUACUGGAGUUGGCGGAGGUAAUGGUGGAGCAUCAUCACCAGCUAAUGGUGGUGGAUCGAACAAUGGUGGAGCUGUUAUUCAACAAACAUUGCUUAAGAAGAGUUCAAUACGCAAUGGCGGAGAGGUCAUGAAACGUUCACGAGCACAAACAGCGUACGAACUCUCCCAGGAUCUGCUGGAGAAACAAAUUGAAUUACUUGAACGUAAAUACGGAGGAGUGUGUGCCCGCAACGCGGCAAUCACAAUACAGCGUGCCUUCCGACAUUAUAUGAUGGUUAAGAAGUUCGCCUCCAUCACAGCUAUGGCCAAAGCAGAGAAACGUCUUAGCCGACGUAUGAUGAUGGCAGCUGCAGCAGCUGGCGGUGGUACCACAGAAGAUGGACCACCAUCUAAUACAUCUUCAUCAUCGGCUUAUGGCAGUGCCACCGAAUCUCAGCUGGAACAUCCAUCCCAGCAACAACAACAACAGCAUUCACACCAAGCACGUGUUACAAUUAUGGCUGGUCCACCUGGUACAGCUCGGACACCACCAUCCCGAUCGAUGUCAUUGAGAGAACGACGUCAUCUCGACUCAAGUCCAAUUCCCAGAAGUCAAUCGGGUAAUACAUCACCAAUGCCAGCAGCUCAUAGUACGUGUUGGUCACAGUCUCCGGUAAUUUCAGGUGCAGCAUCAACAGCUUCAUCAGCGUCGACUGCUUCUUCCAAUUCGUCCCAUCCACAUGUGAAUUUGCUUCAUGCAACCGAACAGCAUUACUACAGUUCCGCCGCCCAGAUACAAGCCCAGAUCAGUGGACCACAUUAUGUGUCCUCUCAGUCGACCUAUCAUGCUGUUCCACACGAUGUCAGCUAUAGUUCGAAUUCGAGUCAUUUGGAUUCCUCACUAAAUGCAUCAUGGGUCAGUACUGGAGGCACUUUAGUGCCCGGAACAUCCCCACACACGCCAUACUAUUCUGCAGCUCAGAUUUAUAUGCGACCCAAAGCAUUGGUCACGACAUCCGAACGUAAAAAAGUACCUCCAGAGGUGCCAAAGCGUACAUCAUCGAUAACAGCUCAGCAAGCUGCUGCCCAACAACAGAUGAUGGCACAAAUGCGACAAACUCCUCCUCCACCUUCGAUGAUCCGCACCAAUGGACUGUGUAAGACGGCAGAAAAUGGAAGUCUCACGUCGGUACAGAGUUCGGGAAGUGAUUCGAGUGCAACAUCAGUUGAUCGAAUGGCCAAUUGUGAUUUGGGAUCAGAUCGUUCAAAUUCACCACAAACAUGGAAACGUGGCACAACUCUCAAUAGCUCCAAUCAGUUUAGUACCCAUUCACCCGAUCAUAUCUUGAUGAUGGCUUCCCAUCCACCAGCAGCUGCUGCUGGUAUGGUACUCGUUUCGGAUGAUCACAUGAGCUCACAUACGAGUGCUGCACAAUAUGAGCAGCACAAUGAAGCCGAUCAAUUGAAUGUAGCUGCCACAACAACACAGAACUACAAAGUGUCCGAAACUAUUCGGAAGAGACAAUAUCGUGUUGGAUUGAAUCUAUUCAAUAAGAAACCAGAGAAAGGUAUCACCUAUUUGAUUCGGAGGGGAUUCUUGGAGAACACUCCACAGGGAGUGGCGAGAUUCUUGAUCUCAAGAAAGGGUUUGUCCAGACAAAUGAUUGGUGAAUAUCUGGGUAAUCUACAGAAUCCAUUUAAUAUGGCUGUUUUGGAGUGCUUCGCUGGAGAAUUAGACCUCUCGGGAAUGCAGGUUGAUGUAGCGUUGAGGAAAUUCCAGGCAUACUUCCGUAUGCCGGGUGAGGCGCAGAAAAUCGAACGACUCAUGGAGAUCUUCUCACAGCGCUAUUGUCAGUGUAAUCAGGAUAUUGUUGGACGUUUAAGGUCAUCCGAUACGAUCUUCGUUCUAGCAUUCGCCAUCAUCAUGCUCAAUACAGACCUGCACACACCAAACCUCAAGCCCGAACGGCGAAUGCGUGUCGAAGAUUUCAUUAAGAACCUUCGCGGCAUCGAUGACUGCCACGAUAUUGAUCGUGAUAUGUUGGCUGGCGUCUAUGAACGUGUCAAAGCCAAUGAAUUCAAACCUGGCAGUGAUCAUGUCACCCAAGUAAUGAAAGUCCAAGCCACUAUAGUUGGCAAAAAACCAAAUUUAGCUCUGCCCCAUCGUCGUUUGGUCUGCUAUUGUCGGCUAUAUGAAAUUCCCGAUGUUAAUAAAAAGGAACGACCCGGUGUGCAUCAGCGUGAGGUGUUCCUAUUUAAUGACCUGCUAGUUAUAACCAAAAUCUUUAGCAAAAAGAAAUCUUCGGUCACAUAUACAUUCCGAAAUAGUUUUCCAUUAUGCGGAAUGAUUGUAACAUUAUUGGAUGUACCAAAUUAUCCAUAUUGCAUUCAAUUGUCGCAAAAAGUCGAUGCUAAAAUUCUGGUCACUUUUAAUGCUCGCAACGAGCAUGAUCGUUGUAAAUUUGCUGAAGACCUUAAAGAGUCUAUUAGUGAAAUGGACGAAAUGGAGUCAUUGCGUAUUGAAGCCGAGCUAGAGCGACAAAAGUCAUCGAGAACUCGCCCAAACGGCAACUCGGAGAAUCGUGAUAGCGGAGUGGCCGAUGUUGAGGUGUGUCCGUGUCCAUUCCAAUCACCGCAGGGCAGUGAUUCGACAAAUGGCAAUCACGACACAGCGGCACAGCUAAAACGCAGCGCCCUCAGCAACAGUCUGCUGGAUAUGCACGAGCAAUUUGGUAACGAAAAGCCCCAAAGACGUGGCAGUGUAGGAUCUUUAGAUAGCGGCAUGUCCAUAUCCUUCCAAUCGACCACAGCGAGCAGUGCCUCGCGUGAGAAUGCGGCUGUUGUGGCUGCUGCUGCUAAUGCCGCUGCAGCUAAAAUGCGUUUUCCACAACAAGGUGGCGGUGGUGGUGUUGUUGGUGGACCAGUUAUGGUGCAACAUGGUCAACAAUAUCCCGGUCAUCAUAUGAUGCAGGCAUACCAUCAUCACCCGACUAUGAUGAUACCCCAUCCAGGCAUGAUUCAUCCACAUCAAUUGCAGCCCCAACCCCAUCCGCAGCAACAACAACAACAACAACAGAUGCCACUAACCGGUCGUAUUCCGGGUAGGGAGAGAAAGAUGUCUCGGUCUGAAGAGAGUGGCCGCUCAACAGAGGUUUAAAUUAUAAUUAAUUAAUUAAUUAUAUUAUGAGGACAUUUUUUUUUAAUGGUCGUAUAUAUUGUACAUUUAUUUCUUUGUUUAUAAUUUUUUUGUUGAGUAUUUUUUUAUUGAUAAUUUAAUUUUUAAGAAAUCGAAAAAAAAAAAUAAAAA